UGGUUUGUUUAAUGCCUCUGGUGAUGGUGAUUCAUCUGGUUCUUAUGGUGAUAGUGGUUCAUUUGAUACUUCUGGUAAUGGUGGUUCAUUUGGUACUUCUGGUUAUGGUGAUUCAUCUGGUCCUUAUGGUGAUAGUGGUUCAUUUAGUGCUUUUGGUGAUGGUGAUUCGUCUAAUCCUUAUGGUGAUGGUUAUUCAUUUGGUGCUUCUGGUAAUGGUGGUUCGUCUGGUCCUUAUAGUGAUGGUUGUUUGUUUGAUACUUCUGGUGAUGAUAAGACUGCGGAUAAAAGUGAUAUUAGUAUAAAUUUAGAAUUCUUUGAUAAGGAAAAAUUUG